GGGGGGGGGGUGCUCAGGAAGCAUGACAAUGCUGUAAUCUUUCAUUGCAGGGAAGGGAAGGGACAGUGGAAUUGGGACGGAAAACAGAAAAGGGUGGUCCUGAGGGCGUAAAAAGCCUAUGAGAAGUUCAGGUAGCAGCAUGUUGUCCUGACAGCUGUUUCAGCUUCUCAGACCUUGUCAGUUCACUGCUAUGUAGCAGGUGCAGCCUUUUCUUUUCCUGAAUCUUUACUCCAUAAAGGCAACAACAAGUCAAGGCAGAGGCUGGCCCUGGAUUUAUACAAGUGCAGACACCACUAAGUGAGGUGAAACAUACAACUAGACGCAUAGGUUCGAGUGCCCACAUGAUCACCACAGCAAGGGUACCUGCUGAUAAACGGAUACGAAUUGCCUUCAGUCUAAAUGAUUCACCAGAUGAUUCACCUCCAGAGAAUGCCUUUCAUUUGGCUUUUCCAGAUCUAGAACAGCAGCUUCAGCCCCUGCCUCCCUGCCAUGACUCAAAGGAAUCUAUGCAGGUGUUCAAACAGCAUUGCCAAAUAGCAGAAGAAUACUAUGAAGUCAAAAAAGAAAUUGCACUGCUUGAAGAAAGAAAAAAAGAGUUGAUCACUAGGCUAGAUGAAGCUGAGAAAGAGAACAAGGAUGCUGCACAAUUAACGAAGGAGUAUGCAGAUCUGACAGAAGAGAACCGGACACUGAAGUUGACCCAGACACAAUGUGUUGAACAGCUGGAGAAGCUUAGAAUACAGUAUCAAAAGAGACAGGGAUCAUCAUAACCUGAAUCAACAUAUCUGGGCCAAUAAAAAAUGCAAAUCUUGAGUCUGCUGGGUAAAUGGAUUUUUUUUCUUUCCCUGUCUCAAAGAUUCCUUCUAAAGGGUUGGAACACUUAAACUUGCAGACUACACAAGCAUCUAUAUUUAAUGUAAUGCUUUCCAGCCACUAGCUAAAUGUGGAUAUUGGAUAUUUUAUUUCAAGUAGCAUAGUUAGAGGCUUAUCAGUCCCUAUUAUAUAUGCAAAUGGAUCAGGUUUCUGUUCUAAAGAUAUUUCUUUCAAUUUUAAGAAGGUUUAAGUGCAUUACAAACUGGUAUGAGUCAUCUCUGUUGGAGGGUGGAUUACACUAGGUUAUAUGGCAGGAAGAAUGUUAAAAUGGUGCCUGUCUUCUCAAUUUGAACCAAGAAAACUGGGAGAAAAACCAGUCUGUUAUCUAGCAAGAGAGAUAAAAAGGUACUCAAAUAUGAAAGAAUAUUUAAAAGUUAGCAACACUGUACCUAAAUCACUUUGUCAAGCUGCAGCUAAAAAAAUUACAAAUAGUAACCUUCAAUAUAUUUAAUAAUAUUUCAGUUCUGAAUAGAUUCUCUUAGAAUUUCAGUAUAAAUUGACAAGGUAAUAUGUACAUUGUUAAACAAUAAAGGGACAGAUUUAAGUUGUACAACAGUAUUAAAAUUCUUAAAAGUAAAUCCUGUUGAUUUUAAUGGCAUUUUUAGUUUGAAAUUUAGUUAGGAUGCUACCCAGGCAUUAUUCCCAAAUGAAGACUUGAGGAUUUUAUAUUUGAUGUCAAGUUCAAAAUGUAACAAAAUUGACUACUAUACAUUUUUUAGAAAGAAUUUGAAAUUGUUACCCUUUCUGUGUAUAGCAUAAGUAGUCUUUUAGUUGUGAUUUUAUGCAAGGUCAUCCCUAUUAACACUUGUGCUACAUACAAAAAUCAACAUACAUUUCAAACAACAUAUGGUUGCGACCACCCGCUAAUUAAAAGCACUGCUCAAUGUGUUGUGAGAAUCAGCCUGUUCCAAGAAAGUGCAUAUUCAAACCACAUUGGAUCAGUUUGUUUCCAUUUCUCUUUUUUGUAAAAGUAUCUUCAAUACCACAAAGCAAUCAGAAUUAUAACGGU